AAUAGAAACAACUUUUCCUGAUGGUUUACUGCUCCCGCGAAUUCCAAGUGUCAAAAUAGAUCAGCCUCAAGUAGCUUCACAAGUGGCUUCACUAGUGCCGUGAGUUAGUGAAGAAAUAACCAACCGAAGCAUAAAACGAGACCGACCACCAUUGAUUCGUGCGGACAAGGUUCCCGUCCCGUCAUCGACGAUAAAAUCCCUCGGAAAUGACGCUGAAAGACGAAAUUGUUGCCGCCUCGGCGGAAGUCAAACCUGACUUUGGCGAAUCGUACUCCUCCAAAGACGAGAUCCUCCUGCUGACGUCGACGAUCAGCCGGAAGUCAUCGAUAGCACAGCCCUCUUCGCCACCCCCGUCCUACCGGAGCGAGGAGUUCGAAUGUGUUGCUCCGGUGCAUCGUCACCAUCAUCAGCAACAACAGGAACAGCAUCAGCACUACCAACCGAAAUAUCACCCAUGUGAAUCGAACGAAACCACUCGCUACUGUCAGCAAAGAAUCGACGACUACGACUACGAGCAGCAGACACUGAGCGAAGACUGCGAAGCCAACGGUUCCAAGAUGUACGAUAUUUUGGUUGUAAACAAAAAUUACAAUGCCGAAGGACCCGAUUCGAUCUCAGUGCGGGUGGGAGAUCUGGUCGAAGUGCUGGACAUGGGUGAUUCCACAGCGAACAGUGCAGCCAAGAAACCGAAAUUAGAUCCACUACUGAGCGUAGGUAAAACUGAAAAUUUGCUGGACAGUUCACUCUCAAAGCAUAAACUGGCCGUCAAACCGAAGAAGAAUCAUCACAGCUCGCACCGGAGAAGUGUCAGUCCGCAGCCACCACAGUACCAGCCGAAACCAAACGAAAAGUGGAAAGUACGAAUCUUCGAUGGUGACGACAAUGCCAAAGCAGGCUGGAUUCCGGUGUCGGUGCUGGACAUUAUGCACACCGAUCAGGCCGUAUUUGGUGAGAAAGCCAACGAUGCCGCCUACCGUCGAGAAGCUGUCGUUCGAGAGCUGAUUGAAACUGAAGAAGAAUUCGGCAAGGAUCUGCAGCAGGUCGUCGAGAACUACAUCAAAUACAUCGAUAACCCGGACAACAAAAUCCCGCGGCAGAUUCGCGAUCACAAGGAUGAUAUAUUCAAUAACUUCAAGCAGAUCGCGGAUUUCCAUAACACAGUGCUAAUCGAGGGCGUCAAAUAUAAUGCCAACAAUCCGAAAAUGAUAGGCAAAACUUUCCUGCGGCUAGAGCGCGAUUUCGACAAGCACGUGCGGUACUGCCGCGAUGCUCCGAUCACCCAGGAGUUUCUCGCCAGCAACGAUUUUGUGCGGGAUUUUUUUAUGGAACUCUCCCAGACCCUCAACGACGAUAAAAGCCUAUCAGAGCACCUCAAGCUACCAAUCCAACGUAUCAACGACUAUAAAUUAUUAUUCAAGGAGCUCCUAAAAUAUUCCACUUCACUUGGCGAAAAUGUCACCGACCUCCAGAAGGCCCUAGAGUUGAUGCUCUCGGUGCCCAGUCGAGCGAUAAACAAUAAGUACUUGGAGAGUAUCGAAGGUUUCCGUGGAAACAUACAGAAGCUAGGUCGAGUACUUGCUCACGAAUAUUUUGGAGUGAAGGAAAAGGACGGUAAAAUCAAGGAGCGCUAUCUUUUUCUCUUCAAAGCACGCAUCCUCAUCACCAAGGCAAAACGCCUGUCGGACGAAAAAUCCAUCUUUAUACUCAAGGAGAUCGUCAAACUACCGGACGCCCAAAUCAAAGUGAUCGACUCACGUGCCUUUGAAAUACAACCGAAGGCGGCCAGUCGAGCAGAAACCGUACAUCUGAUCGCAUACUCCGAAGAAGCUAAGCAACGCUGGAUCUACGAGAUCGAGGAGUACGCUAAUAACGCUGUAGCACUUCAGGAGCACAACAACGACGAUUUGCGACUUGAUCCUAAUCAGACAAACAUUGACGAUAGUAUCAUAAAGCUACCACAGCGAGUGGAAGCACAUAAAAGUGACGAAAACAUCAAACCAUCGGAUUUUGCCGAUAACUACGUGGUGUUCAAGCACAAGGCACAUCGCGAGGAAAUUCAGUCGGCACAAAAAACAGCGAGUCAAGAAGUUGUAACCACUGAAGAAGAGGAAGAGGAGAAACCCGCAAGUGUUCAAGAACGUUUAGCAGCCUUUGAAGUUAAAAAAUCCUCUCGAAAGCUUGACAUUUCUGCUAGUAAACAAGAAACCGUACUUCAACAACAAGCCGAACAGGUGUCUCAGAGCAAACACACUAGCACACAUAUCCAAGAGAGUAACGUUUCUUCUGUGCAAGUCCAGAAUACAUCACUAAAACAGGAUUCGAAGGUUGUCAGUCAAUCGAAAUCCGAAGUUACCCAACUUCAAGAAUCCAAAUCCACAGCGAUCAAACGCCAUCAGGAGUCCCAGCUAGAAUCUCAAGCGAAAAUCCAAAUACAAGAAGCUAAAGUAGCUAACAACCAAACAACAACCACAAAACGACAGCAGGAGGUGCAAGUAGCUUCCAAAACAAAAGUUCAAGCAGUCGAAACAAAAGCUACAGCGUCUUCACAAGAUUCUGUAGCAAAGGUAAGGACAUCAACUCAACAGCAGCAACAGAAAGUAACAGAGACUUCAGUAGUUGCUCAACAACAAGAAUCUACCUCUAAAAUCGCUCAACUCGAAGCGAAACACGCUUCGUCAAAGCAAAGACAACAGGAAGUGUCGACAACCGAAACUGUCCAGGUUAAUACAGUUUCUGCGAAGCCAGAAUCCCCACUCAGUCCUCCGAUUGACGCCGACUCAAAGAUCAAGCAGAUUGAAUCGAAAUACGCGGCCCUUAAGCAAAAACAAUUGGAGCAAAAGUCGGAAGAACUAGACGCCAAGUUCCAAAUUGUGGAAAGCAAAUUUGCUGCACUCAAGCAGAAGCAGCUUCAACAGCACCAAAAACAUCAGCAACAGCAGGAAGAUAAACCAGCUGAACCUUCGAAAAAGUUACAACAAAUCGAAUCAAAAUCUCAGCAUAUCAUCGAAUCUUCAGCACAGGAAAGCGUAACGAUUGUAGCAGUUCAGGAACAGAAACCAGAACCAGUACAACCACUGUCGAAACUUGAACAACUUGAGUCGAAAUACGGUAAAACCAAGAAAUCUCAACCGGAACCAGUAGAAGCAAUCUCAACUGCUCCUACCGAACCAGAAGUAUCUUCAGUUGAAGCGGUUCCGUUGAAUGCCGAACCGUUAACAAAGAUUCAACUGAUUGAAUCGAAAUACGCAGCCCUCAAGCAAAAACAACAACAAACACAGCAGCAUCAAGAACCGUUAGUUCAAGAAGUUCAAACAACAGAAACAAAGCCGAUCUCCGAUCAACAAGAACAAUUAUCAAAGUUAGAGCAAAUCGCAGCAAGACACGCUGCUCGCAGACAAUCAUACAAGAAGGAACAAUCUGACUUAGAAGAAACCAAUAAAACACAAGAAUCAAAACUUCCAGUUGCUGUAAGCCAAACUGAGAAAAAAGAAGAGUCAUUUACAGUGCAGAAGGUCGAAGCCGUAAAGUUUCCUGCAGUUACGGCAAAGCAAGAGACCAAACCGGAAGAAAAGAAACCAGAAUCGGAAUCACCAAAGGAUAAAACAGAAAAGAAAGAUCUUCCCAAGCUACUAAUUCCUACAGCAGAAAAGAUCGCAGAUUCUUCCGUCGAAAGCCCAAAACCGAAAAAGCAAGUUGAGUCACCGAAAGCUCCAGCAAAGUCUGUCGCAAGUCCGAAAUCAACUGAAAAGAAAGUUGAAUCAGCAAAAGAAGCACCGAAAGCUGCUGAGAAACAGCCCGCGGAGUCUCCGAAGGUAGAAAGUCCAAAAAAAGUCGAGUCUCCAACACCACAAGCGAAGCCAGUAGAGAAUAAAUUUGAACCUACGAAGACACCGACAACUACAAAAUCAAUUUCAGAUAGUUCGAAACCUCAAGACAAGAAGGUUGAACCAACUAAAGCUCCGGAGUCGCCGAAGACACCGACUAAACCGGUCGAACCUUCGAAAAUACCAACCAAGGUAGUUUCAGCUAGUCAAAACUCAAUCGAAAAGAAAGUUGAUUCGACAAAGGUUUCUGAACCUCUCAAAACAGCCGAGCAAAAGACCGAAACUCCCAAAACACCGAUUUCCGAUAGUCCUAAACCAGUUGAACAGAAGAUCGAAUCUCCGAAAACAUCGAAAAAACUAGAUUCGGGUCUCUCGAAACCAUUGGAAAAGAAGGCAGAACCUACUAAGACUGCUGAAGUUUCAAAAACUCCAACUGAACAGAAAGUCGAGCCACUUAGAACAUCUACGAAGUUAGUUUCGGAUAGUCCAAAACUACAAGAGAAGAACAAGGCAACCGAAGACGCGAAAGCUCAAAGUAAAUCGGUAGAACAGAAAGUUGAGCCUAAGAAAACACAAGCAAAACUUGUUUCAGACAGUCCGAAGCCAGUUGAAACACCGAAAACACCAACUAGCCCUGCGAAAACAGAACCAAAAACUUCGAAAGCAGUUGACAAGAAACUACCCGAAGCUGCAGAGCCAACAGCGAAACUUGUUUCAAGCAGUCCGAAAUCUUUUGAAACACCGAAUACUAACUCAGUGAAAACAGAACCAGAAAGUUCGAAAGUAGUUGACAAAAAACUACCUGAAACUGCAAAACCAUCAUCGAAAGUCACAAAACCAUCAAUCAAAGCUCCAGAACCGAUUACCAGUAAGCAACCGGAGAAGAAGCCAGAACCGGAGAAAACCAACACUUCGCCACCAAGAAAGCUAGAAGAUCCUAAACCAAAACCAGAUACAGAAAAGCCGGUAGAAACACCUUUCCAAGCCAAGAAGAUCGAAUCAGUUAAGUUACCAGAGCCACCAGCCAAGACCAAAGCAGAUUCCGCUAGUGUAAUAGGUUACGAUACUCCUGUAGCGGUUGACGAACCAGAAUCUUCCCUAGAAAAUCUAGAACAGCAGAAACUUAGGGAAGCGGUGCUUGAGCGUAAACUCGAAGAGAUCCGCAUCAAGGAACGUGCGGCACUGGUGGAAGCCAAACGCAUUCGACAGGCCAAAGAGGAAGAGAUCAGACGAAAGUUUGAGCUACGAAGCAAGCGGGAAAUCCAGCAGAUCAAGGAAACCGCUUCCGAGCUACUUGAGCAGAUUAAGGCUACCAAAGAGUCUGUUCAGUUUGUAUUGGGUGACGGAGAUAAGCCGACCGACACCAGGUUACCCAAGUUCACACAGGCAGCCGAUAACGAUCCGGAUUCCCCGAAUCAACGAAGGCCAUCCUCACACGACAACAGUCGAAGUGGAUCAGGAGAACAAGCGGAAGAAUCGGGUGGUGAUCAAGGUGAACAGUCAGAAGGAAACCAGGAAGGAUCGGGAGGAGAUAGCGGAGGAAAGAGAACUCCACCGCCUCUUCAACUGCCGACAUUCUUUGAUCCGCCGCCUCCGCCAGUAUAUCACGCUACAAUCGAGGUGUUCAUUAAGAAAGAACGCCCACCACCACCACCGCCACCGAAGAUCACCAGGAAGCUGGUGGUUAAUACCGACGAGCUAGACCGGAAGUCACAACUUUUCUUAGAAGGUCAAUUACCGGAAGGACCGGAUCCGGACUUCUCAACUGCAGCCGCGCACCGUAAAGUGAAAGGCAUUAAGCAUCUGUUUGGUAAAACCGGCGAAACCGUACGGUACGCCGAAGAUACGGUUCUCAAAGCCGAACACGGUGAAUUCGAGAGCAUAAUCAUCCCGGAAGAGGAAGAACCCAAACACAAAGAGCCGGUAUACGAGUAUCAGUACACCGUCGAAGAUCCGGUGACGGGAGAGAAAAUUUGCACGGCAGAUCUUGAUCUGGAAACGAUCGAUAGAAACCGUCAUAGAAUGGAGCACUCUUCCAGGCACGCGACCCAUCGAUAUUCCACGCGAAAGGAUCGCACCCUUGAAGCACAACUCGAGGAACUAGCCGAUUUUGAGGUCAAGCACGAAGGAAAGAUGUCGGCCAAUAAUACCGAGGCCAUACCGGUGCCAACCAACAUCAGACCGCGCUUUUUGAAGGCAAUUCAUGGUCUGAGCGUCGAGCCCGGUGAAAAUGCGAGUUUCACGUGUCAGUUGGAUGAGCGCUCGAACGUGCAGUGGCUUAAGGACAACAAGCCGCUCGACGACAAGCUGGCGGAUCGCAUCAAUAUGCGUGAAACCAAUGACCUAGCAUAUUCGCUGGAAAUUCAACACUGUCGCGAAGAGGACACCGGUACCUACACGGCCCGUGCUAUCAACGGAACGGAAAAUUCCUCAUGUACGGCCCAGUUGACCGUGGAGAAACUGACACCAGAGCAGAGGAAGGCCUUGUCGGAAACCAACGCUCCAGUGUUCAUCGUAAAGAUGAAAGGUACCGAGGUCGUUGAGAAGACCUAUCUCACGUUCAUGGUAAAGGUUAAAGGUGAUCCCAAACCGAAGAUCCGAUUCUGUAAGGACGAUCGCGAGAUUACCGACUCCGACAAGCGCAUGAAAAUCGUUCGUGAUCGCGAAGAUAGCGGAUACUACGAGUUGAUUAUUCCAGAAGUGCACAAAGGCGAUUGUGGUGUUUACUCGUGCACGGCCUAUAACAAGUUCGGUAGCACGAAAACCGAAGCGCAACUGCUGGUGAGCGACCAGACCGAGCUAUUCAACGAGUUGGACACUCUGCAAGACAAAAACAAAUUCGUUUGGAAAAAGAACGGUGUUCCCUUCGAUCCUGAGGAGCGUUUCAAGGUGCUGAUGGCUGAAGAUUCCGACUCGUUGGCGCUUGUCUUCCAGCACGUGAAACCAGAGGAUGCUGGACUCUACACUUGUGUUGCCGCUACCGCUUCCGGCAAUAUCCAGUGUAGUGCUGAACUGACGGUUCAGGGACAGGUUAACCAACUGACGCAGGAGCCAACCAAGCCGCACUUGAUAUUGGAAUCGAAGGACGCACUGGCGCGAAUUGGUGGUAAAGCAUUGCUAGAGUUGAAAGUCCACGGUUAUCCGAAACCGGAGCUCGUCUGGCGCCACGAAGGCACGAUUAUCGAAGCGACCGAUCGCUUCAAGUUCCUCUACGAGGACGCCGAAUCGGUAUCGCUCGUUAUCCGGAAUGUCCAACCGUCGGAUGGAGGUGCGUAUUCGAUCGUAGCGCAAAACGAACUGGGCGAAGAUUCGACCUUUAUCAACCUGAUCGUCAAAUGUCCACCGAAGAUCGUGAAACCACACGACAUGUCCGCUAUGGUCGGUGAGCACUACAAGAUGUCCAUUGAAGUCGACGCCAUCCCGGAGGCUACGGUUAAAUUCUACCGCAACGGCAGGGAAAUCGUGGAAAAUGAACGUAUCAAAUUUUUGACUGCUGAAAAUUACUACAUUAUGAAAUUUAGCCCAACCGUAAUGGAAGAUGCUGGCAAUUAUUCGAUUAUUGCCACCAACGAAAUCAGUCAAGCAACCGAAUUCUGGGAAUUCUCCAUAAACUCUCCACCGCGUAUCACCCGUAAGUUGGAUCCGGAGUUGAUUGUCAACGAGAAGGAAGACAUCGAGCUAUGCAUCAAGGCGGACAGUAAUCCACCUCCUAUCGUCCGUUGGUACAAGGACGGCCGGGAAAUCUUUGCCGAUGGCAAAAAGGUUAUCAUAACCGAAGAUGAUGGUCGCUUCACGUUGAAAAUUCACGCUGCAGACCGUGACGAUACAGCCAAAUACAGUGCCGAUAUCAUUAACGACUACGGUACGGUGAAGGAGCGUUGUCAGGUGAACGUGAAUACCGAUUCCAAGGUUCGCGAGUCGCUGAAUGCCAUCACUUGCAAGGAAGGCGAAACGAACAUAAUGCUGGCGGUGAAAGCCGAUGGAUAUCCCAGACCGACCGUCCAAUGGUACAUUGACGGUGUUGAGAUUACGGAAUCUAGCAACGACUACAAAUUUGAGGAGGAAGGAUUGUACUAUAAAUUAUACAUCAAGGAAGCUAAGGCAGAACUGCAAGGCGUCUACAAGGCUAAAUUCACGAACAUUUACGGUUCAGACGAGACCAGCGCUAAGACGACGAUUCAGUGUACGCCCAAGAUUCGCAAGGCACUAGUCGACACCGACGUUGACGAGAACACUACGCUUACGCUGGAGGUCGGAAUCUACGCGGAACCGGAGCCGGAAAUAACGUGGUACAAGAAUGGUCAACCGAUGCAAACCGAUGCCAGACUGACGAUCAAGAGAGAUUCGCAGCGCGUCGAAAACUAUACCCUAUCGCUGGCCAUGGUUCGCGGUGCCGACUCCGGGGACUACGAAGUACGCGCCGUCAAUUCCAUGGGCACCAUCAGCAGCAAGUCACGGGUCGUUGUGCAAAAGGCCCUUGUAGCGAGCCCCGGUGAUAAUACCGAAGCACACCGCGUGUUCAGCGAAUGUACCAAAAUCGAUCAGAACGGAGAGACAAUCAUGAUCUCGGUGCAUACCGAAGAAAGUCAUGCCGCCAUCGUAACAGGCCCAGAAGCAUCCCACUCAAUUCACCAGAUGCGUGCUACCACCGUCAUAUUUGAAGAGGACAGCGGAUCCCCGUUGGAGGUACCUCAAAGAAUCAUCUACCCUAAUAAACCGCACGCGUCGGCCUUACACGUAGAGGAAAUCGACAGCAUAACUUUCCAAUCGCCAGAGGAUACCGCCAAGUAUCACAGUCUAGCGACGAACGAAUCCUUCGGUACGCGACUAAUCAUUGAAGAGCUAGAAUCGGACAACGAAACAACACACACCGUUUUCGUUGGUGGCAAAUAUUCACGAGGCGUGUCCAUCACAUCCGCUUCCGAUGAUGAGCAGAAGCUUUCUCGGCAGUCUAGCCGGCUGGAAAAGGAAGAAUCGGAAUCACAACGAUUCGAAGCAACUGCAGUACAGACUACAGUACAGGUGAAUGGUGUAGAAUCGACGGUUGGUCAAGCCGAUUUUGGCAAACGACUAGAGCAGGAGCAAGUCGAACAAUGUAGUACCGAGAAAGCGAAAAAGGUUCAUUUUGACAAUGGCACAGCUCAAGCGAAGAAUGCUCGAGUGCUGGAGAAACAUGACUCCGAGGCGGAAAACGUCGAGAGUGGCGAAAUGCGCGCUACACUCAGUGAAGACACGAUGAUUUCAAAAAUGAGUAAAUCCUUGCAACAAUCUGAGGCUACUGAGGUUAGUCAAACAGGAAAACCUGUUGAACUGUCAGAAGUAGACGCUACAGAAGGUGACAGAAAGCUAUUCAGUAAGGAGACGAUAGAUACGAAGCGAAUAGAUGAGGAGCAACAGGCACAUUUGAAAAAUGUUAACGGUGUUGAAACAUUAAAUUCUAAAUUGCUUCAGAAGGAAUCGUCGAAUGAAAUCGAUCAGAAGGAAACUGAGGCCGAAUUGCAAACAUCCGGCCAAACCCCUCGGAAAGCUUUAUCCAAGCAAGAUACGACAGAAGAGGAAAUUGGAAAACCACAGAAAGCCAAAGAAUCUGAAGCGGAAAGUCUAAAACGCCCUGAAGCCUCACCGGAGAUUAUCAGAACCGACAUUGCCGAUGUUACAACAUUCGACUCGCUUCCUCUGGUUUGGACCGUGGAAGCUGAUGGCAUCCCAAGACCGACCGUUUCCUGGUACUGCAACGGACAAGAGGUCGUGGCUAGUGAUCGGAUCCGAAUCACUGAUUCAGGGACUACCUACAAGAUCGAGAAUCGCGAUGUCAAGGAAGCUGAUGCCGGGGAAUGGAAAGCUGUGGUAAAGAACCGUAUCGGAGAGAAGACGCUACCGUGUAAUCUUACGGUUAUUCCUUGCAAGGAAUAUCGUCGACCGAAAUUCAGCAAAGGCCUUGAAACCAUCAGCGUUCACAAAAACGAACCGGUUACUUUGAGUGUCACCAUUACGGCGGAUCCGGAACCGGAGUUCACUUGGAUCCAGAAUGGUGUUGAAGUUCAUGCCGAUAAUUUUGUGGAGAUGAAAACCGAAAUCAAGGAGUUGGAGUACAACCUCAAGGAGAUCACCUACACGCUGCACAUCGCGGAAGCUCGCCAUUACGAUACCGGAGACUACACCUUCCGCGCGAAGAAUAAAUAUGACAUCAACGAAUCCAAUGGACGUUUGGAUGUGCUGUUGAAGCCUGAGUUUGAGAAUUUCAGCGACAUCACGGUGAUGCCGUUUACCCAAGGUGUCUUCCAGGUACUGGUCAAGGCCAAUCCCAAACCCAAAGUCACCUGGACCAAGGAUGGCAUCAAUCUGUGCAAUGUCGACAACUGUGAUGUCAUUGCGGAUGUCGAGAAGGAGAUCUACACACUGUUGGUAGAAUCAUGUGCACUAGCCGAACACGGCACCUACACGCUCACUGCGGUCAACAGCUUCGGAGAAACGGUGGCCACAGCGAAGCUGAAUGUGCAUACUGAGAAACCGAAGUUCACAAUCGAACCGGAGAGCAUGAAUGUUCACGAUUGGGCCGAUGUCUACAACAAGGUUGUGGUCGUGGGUAUUCCGCGUCCAUCAAUCCAAUGGUUACACAACGGUACACCGCUCAACCUAGACGAAAUCGAUGAAGAAACCAGUGAACCCAAGGUAAAAGUGGUUACAUCCGGUGAUACCGAGGUGACCAGUGAGCUGUUCAUCACCCACUUUGGACCUGAAUCACAGGGAGAUUACUCGUGUUUGGCAUCGAGCAUCGGUGGAGAAACGGAAGCAAAAUUCAUGAUACUGGUAAAGAACGAACAGCCUAUAUUUGGUAAAGGUCUCGACCGAACCAUGGAUCUGGAGGAAGACGAUCGCCUGGAGCUGGCCUGUAUCGUUGAUGGCAGUCCAUUGCCCAAGAUGACCUGGUACAAGGAUGGAAACGAGAUCACUCCGGAUAAUCAUAUCAAAAUCACCCACGGACACGAUGGUCGUUGUCGGUUGAUCAUAGAAAAAGUAGAUCCAGGAGACAGCGGUUGCUACAAACUAGUUCUCUCCAACAAAAGUGGUGACGUUGCCACACAAAGUUCGGUUGCAAUUACUCCCAAACAGAGAUAUCCCGUUUUCAUUCGUCCACUACAAGAUCAACAGGUCGUUAUUGGAGAAACUCUGCACGUGGAAGGUAAAAUUGCCGGCUUCCCAAUGCCAGAGGUUCGGUGGUUCAAGGAUGGCCUACCGGUCCAUCAGACACGAGCUAUCAACUUCAUUAACGAACCUAACGGAAUCGUUGGAUUUAUCAUUGAUCGUGCCACACCGGAAGAUGCUGGAAUCUACACAUGCGAAGUGGUGAAUGCCGUUGGAAAAGCAACUUCCGCUUCAAUUGCCGAAGUUAUUCCGAAAGCGAAGAAACCUCAAUUCGUCAACGAGCUUUUGAAUGCGAGCAUCGUUGAAGGAUUCCCGAUCAAGAUGAACGUUAAGGUUGUCGGUUGUCCAGCACCUGCAAUCGCCUGGUUACACAAUGGAACCCAAAUAACCGGCGAUCGAUUCAAGAUCACUUCGGAGGGCGAAGGAUGCUCUACGUUGACCGUCGAUAAAUCUCAGGCCGCUGAUGGUGGUGAAUAUAAGGUCGUUGCUUCCAACGAAAACGGUGACACAGAAUGUGCAGCUACGGUAACAAUUCUGCCGGUAACAGACACUUCAACUGGUGAAGAACCACCAACCUUCCUGGGAGGAAUCCGUGAUAUCACAGCGGAUGAAGGCAAAGAGCUUACUUUCCGAGCACGUUUCGCUAGUAACCCAGCACCCGAGGUUAUUUGGACGAAGGACGGUGAACCGCUUCAACCAACCGGACGUGUUACGGUCUCAUGUGACGGCAAAAGUGUUGGACUCACAAUAUCACCGGCUGAGAUGACGGAUUCCGGCGAAUAUGCUUGUCUGAUGGCUAACCCUCUGGGUGAAACUGAAACCAAAGCCUCCGCCAUCGUCCGAAAAGUGUACCAAAAACCGAACUUUGUCUACCGUUUCCCAGAUGUCCAACAAUUGCCCGGUUUGGAAGCUAAGUUCCCAGCGAAGCUGGUCGGUGUUCCUCGACCGACUGUUCAGUGGUAUAAGAAUGAGACUCCCAUCUAUCCGAACGACCGCUACAAAAUGAAAUACGAGGGAGAACAUUGCUGUUUGUAUAUCAAAGAAUGUGUAGAAUCCGAUACCGGUUUGUACUCCUGCGUGGCAACCAAUCGCGAAGGAACCAGCACCGUAGAAGCCAAACUGGAUGUUGUUUCGCAGUUGACCAAGGGAGAUGAACCUACCCCAGCAUAUUUCAUGAAAAAACCUGUCGACAUCACUGUACUGGAAGGAAUGAAAGCCAAGUUCACGGCGUGUGUAGAUGGAUUUCCACUACCCACAGUGGAAUGGAUCCGCGAUGGUCACCGGUUGGUACCAAGUGAAAAAUACCGUAUUGAAGCUGACAUCAAUGGCCUAGCCCGUUUGAUCAUCGAUGACGUUCAGGAAGAAGAUCUUGGUCGGUAUACUUGCAAAAUCAGUAACAAUCUGGCCGAAGUAUUAGCCCAUGCAAAUCUACACUUUGAACCAUUGGAUGCCUGUCCGCGGCGUCGUUACGGAAAGACUAAGGACAAGAAUUAUCUGCACACUUCUCCGUAUCCGCUUAUGGACAAACCAAUCAUUUCCAAGCUAUCCGACCGACGACUGACACUGUCCUGGAAGCCAUCGAUGACUACAGUACCACGGUACCCCAUCACCUAUCAGAUGGAGAUGUUGGAACUUCCGGAUGGUGAUUGGCACACUACCCGUUCCGGAAUCCGCAGUUGCUCGUGUGAAGUACGCAACCUUGAACCGUUCCGUGAUUACAAGUUCCGCAUUCGCGUCGAAAAUAAGUACGGAGUCAGUGAGCCGAGUCCCUACGUGCAAACUUAUAGACAGAAACUGGAGCCUAGUGCCCCGGUGUUCUAUCCAUAUCUUGGACCGGGACGCGAUUUCCGUCCAGAUACUUCUCCGUUGUAUCCACGCAACUUUGACGUGGAACGUGCAUCGCGCCACGAUCAACGCGAGGGAAUUCCACCGGAGUUCCUGCGUCAAGAAUUCCCUGUUCAAUACGGUACCAAAAACCACAACGUCAGUCUGUUCUGGUUCGUGUACGGUUAUCCGAAGCCAACAAUGACCUACUACUUCAAUGAUCAGAAGAUCGAAGCAGGCGGCCGUUAUUGUUUCAGCUAUACCAGAAAUGGGCAGGCAACACUGUUCAUCAAUCGCAUGAGCGAGCGCGACGUAGGAGUGUACGAAGCAGUGGCAACCAACGAACACGGUUCGGUUAGGCAACGCGUUUGCUUGGAACUGGGUGAGUACCCACGGUUCUUACAACGCCCCGAGGAAGUGUUCAUCAUGGGACGUCGCUCAGGGCGUAUUGAAGCGAAGAUUGCCGGUGUACCCUUCCCCGAUGUGAAAUGGUACAAGGACUGGCAGCCGAUCACAGAAUCAUCACGGCUUAAGAUGAUAUUUUACGAACCUGAUACUUGGGUUUUGCUGAUCACUGAUGCGAUCAAAAAAGACGAAGGAUUGUACUCGCUAAGCGCACGCAACGUUAUUGGAUCCAUUAGUUCGUCUGUGAUGGUGCAUGUUGAGGAUAACGAGGAAGAUUACGUGUACAAUGCCCAUCACCGAACUCCCUAUGUUCGAGCCCGGAAUAAGGUUUGCGACGACUUCUAUGAUAUUGGUGACGAGAUCGGAAGGGGAACUCAGGGUAUUACCUAUCAUGCCGUUGACCGUGCCAGCGGACGUAACUACGCCGCUAAGAUUAUGCACGGUAGUCCCGACUUACGACCGUUUAUGUUCAACGAAGUGGACAUUAUGAAUGUUCUUAAUCACAGAAAGUUGAUUCGUCUUCAUGAUUCGUUCGACAUCAGCAAAUCGUUGACUCUUAUACUGGAACUGGCUUCCGGUGGGGAAUUAGUUCGUGACAAUCUGUUAGUCCACGACUACUACACCGAGCGUCAGAUCGCAAUCUACGUGUACCAAAUCUUGCUGGGAUUGGAGCAUAUGCAUACUAGAGGAAUUGGACACAUGGGUCUUACGAUCAAGGAUCUUCUGAUAGCCCAUCCUGGAAGUGACAACCUGAAGAUCUGUGACUUCGGCUUGUCUCGUCGUAUUGAAGAUGAUAAACUGUUCACCCUAGACUAUGGCAUGCCCGAGUUUGUGGCACCGGAAGUGAUCAACCGACGUGGUGUUGGAUUAGGUCAAGAUAUGUGGAGUAUCGGUAUUAUCACAUACAUCCUGUUGGGAGGCAUCAGCCCAUUCAUGGGUCGUAACGAUCGCGAGACCUUAACCAAAGUAAGAGACGGAAAGUGGACAUUUAUUGGCAGUGUUUGGGAGUUCAUCUCCGCCGAGGCCCGUGAUUUCAUUACCAAACUGUUGGUUUACGAAGACGAACAUCGUAUGACGAUCAAGGAAGCUCUGAAUCAUUCGUGGUUCGAUAUCAUUUACAAGCGAACCUUCGAAGAGUACCAGAUUGGUACGGAUCGUCUCCGUCGCUACUAUUACCACUACAGAGAUUGGUACACUAACGCAUCAUGUCGCACCUGGUACCGUCGUCGUCCAUUGAUGAGUUGUUUCGACCAUCCGUCGAAGAUGAUCUAUCCAUCCGGUAUAAUAUUCACUCCGGAAGGUACACCACCCCCGGUUACCGUGGAUGAUAUCCCACACAAACGCAGGAAGUGGGACGAAUACGUAUCGAAGGAUAACCAUCCCGACUACGAAACUGCAUCGUUCAAAUCCGAAAGUCACUAUCAGUACGGGCCGGACACGUAUUUGCUACAGCUGCGUGACACCAACUUCCCGUGCCGUUUGCGUGAGUACAUGAAGAUCGCCAAACAUCGUUCGCCUAGUUUGCUGAGCGAAAGUAACUAUGAUUCAAGUCUCCCCAUCAUUCGCGAACGUCGUCGCUUUACCGAUAUCAUGGACGAGGAAAUCGACGAUGAACGUAGAAGUCGCAUCAGUCGCUACGGCACAGACGACAGUGUAACGAUCAGCCGACGACUUCGUACAGAGGUAGGAACUCGUCUGGGCUCCUACGCGGAAGCCGAAGCAUUGAUCGAAGUCAAACGUGAAGGUCAUCCACCGUUCUUCCGCGAAAAACCGCAAACGAUCGCAAUUCGCGAAGGUGAACCCAAUCAAAUUAUUUGCUACGCCGUUGGUGAUCCGAAGCCAGCGGUGACCUGGUUCCAUAACGAUAUGGUCGUUACCGACAGUAGCCGCAUUAAGGUUUUGGAUGAUGUCGAUGGUCGAUCCGUGAUUCAGUUCCAUCCGGCUUCGCAUAGCGAUUGCGGUAUCUACAAAGCAGUAGCGAGUAACAGGAUCGCCAAAACGGCAGCUCGUUGCCGGGUGGUGAUCGCCAUUAUUCCCGAUGCUCCCGACUGUCCUGAUGCCGUAGCUGCCAGUGAUACCGAGGUGCUGCUGCGUUGGAAACAACCCAGAAGUGACGGUAAUUCGCCAGUUAUCUGCUACAGCUUAGAACAGAAAGAACAUGGAAAGCUAGACUGGGUAGAUGUGGCCAGCAACAUUGAUCACGAGUUCUACUUGGUGCACAGUUUAACGCCCAAUACGGGCUAUCAGUUCCGAUUGGCUGCUUAUAACCGGAUCGGAUGGAGUGACCGUGGUAUUGCUACGAAAACGGUGAACACCCUGGAAGUCGGUGCUCCGAAGAUUCAAAUCACGAGAGCCAUGAAGCAGUUACAGCAAUUGACAGAAUCAGGCCAGCAGGUUGCACCGGAAGAACGUUCGGGUCGCCUAGACUACAGCUACGAGAAAACUCCCUUAAAAUGGAGUAUUGAAGGUAAUUACAACGAAAAGUUUAGCUUUAUGUCGGAGAUCUCGCGGGGACGCUACUCGAUUGUUGUGAAAGGGUUGGAAAAAGCUACCGACAGGAUCGUCGUUGCUAAAAUCUUCGAGUUGGGUGAUGAACGUGUAGCGGAAGCCGCAGAACACGAGUACGAAAUGCUGCGUACGUUGCGACACGAACGCAUCGCUAGUCUACUGGCUGCCUUCAAACCUAAGAACACUUCUAUUGCUGCCCUUGUUCUGGAAAAACUUCAGGGUGCCGAUGUGCUGACCUACCUGAGCAGUCGCUCCGAGUACAGUGAACAGAUUGUUGCAACCAUUGUUGGACAGAUUCUCGAUGGUCUACAGUACUUGCAUUGGCGUGGAAUCUGUCAUUUAGAUCUGCAGCCGGAUAACAUUGUUAUGUCUUCGGUCCGACAGGUUCAGAUCAAACUGGUCGACUUCGGAGCGGCACAGCAAGUGUCCAAAUUGGGUAAUCUUGUACCGAAUCAGGGCUGGUUGGAUUUCACUUCUCCCGAAGUGCUCAACGCUGAAGCAGCUUACCCACAAACAGACAUUUGGUCGGUUGGCUGUCUUACAUACCUGUUCCUAUCCGCGACCAGUCCGUUCCGCGGCGGAGAUGAAGCCGAAACUCGAGCUAACAUCAGUUUCGUACGCUAUCGAUUCGAAUAUCUGUUCAAGGAAGUCACCCAGGAGGCAACACGCUUCUUGAUGCUGACGUUCAAGCGAGCUCCCACUAAACGUCCAUCGGUCGAAGAAUGUUUCGAACACCGAUGGCUCGUGCAUACCGACUUCAUGACUAAGAAACGUGAGCGAGCGAUUUUCCCUGGUAGUCGUCUGAAGGACUUUUCCGAACACUAUCACACGAUGAAAACGAACGAGGCCACCAAGUCGGAGACUAUCUCCAGCAUCGGUGGUCAAUCCCCUCGGCAGCUGCUAAGGUCCAACAGCAUCCAGGAGGAGUUGUUGACCACUUUCUAAGCCCUUCAGCUUAAGCUACACUUCUACGUUACGUUACGUUACGUUUCUAUCGCCUUUGAAAUCCUUGCAACUAUUUAUUUAUUUAUUUAUUCACUAUAUAGAAUAUAAUGUCAAACUGCUUAUUCACGCUUCUAUCUUCGCAUCCAGCCCCGCCUUGUACAUAAUAAUAAAGGAAAACUUAUUUUUGUAUAGGAAAGACGACGAGAACACAGUUUAGCAAAACAAAAAAAACUUAUAUUUUGAUAUAUGUGAUAGCCGGGUCGGAAACAACUUUUAUAUAAUCAUUUAACCGAAGCUAUAACCACAAAUACGUUACACAUCCCUGAAGAAACGACUCGGACCAUAUAUAUAUAUACAUUGUCUCUCUAUCUCGCUUUAUAUUGUGAAGUACGCUAAGAAAUCAAAUAGAAUCGCUAAGCCUAAGCCCCUAGGAAGAACAGUCACUGAAAAUAUGCAUUCUUUCAGAGCAACAAGAACGCAAUCGAUAGGCAACUAAUUCGAUAAUCGGAAAAUUACGUGUAAAAUUCGUUGAAUUUAGUUCGGUUUCAGAGUUUUAAUCAACCAACCUACUUUCGAAGCUUUGGAUAAAUAAUGAAAAUAUUUUUUUUCGUUCUAGUUAUUUUGUCAUUCCUCGCCGGAGAUGACAUUUUGCGAUAUUUUUAUUUUAAUAAAUAGUUGUGCUUAAUUGUAA